UUAUAUUUUCCACCAUAUUAAAAUAUUGAAAAUUUGCCUCACCUUCAGUGGACGUCUGCUCUUCUAAAGCGAGGCUUUUAGAGGCUUGGGGAUUCGGAGGGUGAAGUUUCAAGACUUUUAUUCCAUUAUCUCGGAUGUGAAUUUCUUGUUAUGCUGUAAAGAUGCCCGGAUCGCUAAGCAAUGAAGAAGAGGGACAAGACGACAUGGAUUUUGAGGACGACGUGCCAGACGAGGAUGAGGAAGGUGAACGUGAGAGGACUGUCCCCAUGUUGCCGCUAGAGAGGUUCUUCUCUGAUGAUGACUCGGUUAAACAGCAGCAGAAGAAGAAGCCCAGCAAGAUAACAGAGGUCAAAGAGCCCAAAGUAAAGAAGAAGAAGAAGAAGAAGAAGACGGAGGGGCUUCCUACCGAGCUGGACAACAUGUCAGAUAGAGAAGAUCGGGGUCACAGGUCAGGAAGUGAGAGCAGCACCUACAGCUCCCUGAAGAAGAAAAAGAAGAAACCCAAAGAGAAGAAGGAGAAAAAGACAAAACAGCAAAAGAAAGAUGAAGAUGAGGAUGACGAUGAUGACGAUAUUGGAAACAUGAAGGAACCAAAGUCAUCAAGUCAGCUCAUGCAGGAGUGGGGUCUGGAGGACGUGCAGUAUGCCUUCUCAGAGGACGACUAUAAAACUAUCACCAAUUACAAAGCCUUCAGCCAAUUUCUUAGGCCUCUUAUUGCCAAGAAGAACCCCAAGAUCCCCAUGUCAAAAAUGAUGACGGUUCUUGGGGCGAAAUGGAGAGAGUUCAGUGCAAACAACCCUUUCAAAGGCACCUCUGCAACCGCGGUGGCAGCAGCUGUGGCUGCUGCCGUGGAGACGGUCAAUGUGGCUCCGCCUAUCGGCAUUAGAAGUAUCCAACAGAUCUCAUCAUCUGGGCCAAUCAAAAAAGCCAAAACCAAAGAUGGAAAGGGGCCCGGUGCUAAAAAAAAGAGUAGGACUGUGAAGGAAACAAAAAAGAAAGGGAAACCGAAGAAGUCCAAAUCGAAAGCAGGCCAGGGUGGGAAAAGGAAAAAAGGCUCUUCGAGUGAGGAGGAUUUCCUGGAUGACUUCUCAGACUUUGAUGACAUAAGCAUUCACAGUGCCUCUGUACGCUCAGACACAUCAGCGGCACCCAAAAAGAAGACGGCCUGCCGAGGACGAAAAAAAAGAAAAAGAGAGGAUGGAGAUGGGUACGAGACAGACCAUCAAGACUACUGUGAGGUUUGCCAGCAGGGAGGAGAGAUCAUUCUGUGCGACACCUGUCCCAGAGCAUAUCACCUGGUAUGCCUGGAUCCAGAACUGGAGAAAGCCCCUGAGGGAAAAUGGAGCUGCCCCCACUGUGAAAAAGAAGGCAUUCAGUGGGAGGCCAAAGAUGAUGAUGAGGAAGAAGAUGAGGUCAUUGGGGAGGAGGAAGAUGACCACAUGGAGUUCUGCAGAGUGUGUAAGGAUGGAGGAGAGCUGUUGUGCUGUGACACCUGUCCUUCCUCCUACCAUAUCCACUGCCUCAACCCACCACUGCCUGAGAUCCCCAACGGAGAGUGGCUGUGUCCACGAUGCAUGUGCCCACCACUUAAAGGGAAAGUCCAGAAGAUUCUACACUGGGCUUGGGGAGAUCCCCCCUUGCCACUUGAAGUUCUUCCUGGACAGGAUGGAGAGAAGGUUGGCGUUCUGGCCAAAACCCCACUCAAGGGUCGUCCAGAGAGGCAGCUGUUUGUAAAAUGGGCCGGCCUGUCCUAUUGGCACUGCUGCUGGGUCAGCGAACUACAGUUGGAACUGUACCACACGGUAAUGUACCGUAACUACCAACGUAAGAACGACAUGGACGAACCGCCUCCGUACGACUACGGUUCUGGGGAGGAGGAGCUUAACAACGAGAAGAGGAGGAGCAAAGAUCCUCAUUAUGCAGCCAUGGAGGAGCGAUUCUAUCGUUAUGGCAUCAAGCCAGAGUGGCUGAUCAUUCAUCGCAUUAUCAACCACAGUUUUGACAAGGAUGGAGAUGUACACUUCCUGAUUAAGUGGAGAGAUUUGCCGUAUGAUCAGUGCACCUGGGAGACUGAUAACUUUGACGUCCCUGAUUAUGACAGCUAUAAACUAGCCUACUGGGAACACAGGGAGCAGGUGCUCGGUGAGAGCCAUCACCACCUGCUGUUCAGAAAGGAAAAGAGACUCAAAGAGGAAGUAAAGAGAAGGGAACCUCCUCCAGACACUCCGGUUGUGGAUCCCACCAUCAAGUUUGAACAGCAGCCCUGGUACAUCGAUGACACAGGGGGAACUUUGCACCCUUACCAGCUGGAAGGCUUGAACUGGUUGCGCUUCUCUUGGACUCAAGGAACCGACACAAUCCUGGCUGAUGAAAUGGGGCUUGGCAAGACUGUGCAGACUAUAGUGUUCCUGUACUCACUCUACAAAGAGGGUCACUCCAAAGGGCCGUUUCUGGUCAGUGCACCGCUCUCCACCAUCAUCAACUGGGAGCGAGAGUUUGAAAUGUGGGCUCCGGAAUUCUAUGUGGUCACUUACACGGGAGACAAAGACAGCAGGGCCGUCAUACGCGAGAAUGAAUUAACCUUCGAGGACAGCGGCGUCAAAACAGGUCGCAAAGUUUUCCGCAUAAAGAAGGACAGUCCGAUCAAGUUUCAUGUCCUGCUGACAUCAUAUGAACUGAUCACCAUUGAUCAGGCCAUCCUUGGCUCUAUUUCCUGGGCCUGUCUGGUUGUGGACGAGGCCCACCGACUAAAAAAUAAUCAAUCAAAGUUUUUCAGAAUUCUGAAUGGCUACAAAAUCUACUAUAAGCUGCUCCUAACCGGAACCCCUUUGCAGAACAAUCUAGAAGAGCUAUUUCACCUGCUCAACUUUCUCACCCCAGAACGCUUCAAUAACCUGGAGGGUUUUCUGGAAGAGUUUGCGGACAUCUCAAAAGAAGACCAGAUUAAGAAACUGCAUGACCUUCUGGGGCCGCACAUGCUCAGGAGGCUGAAGGCCGAUGUCUUCAAGAACAUGCCGGCAAAAACCGAACUUAUAGUGCGAGUCGAACUCAGUCCCAUGCAGAAGAAAUACUACAAGUUCAUUUUAACGCGGAACUUUGAGGCGUUGAAUUCCAAGGGAGGAGGGAACCAGGUGUCGCUUCUCAACAUCAUGAUGGACUUAAAGAAAUGCUGCAACCAUCCUUACCUGUUUCCAGUAGCUGCAGUGGAAGCUCCAGUCUUGCCCAACGGUUCGUAUGAUGGUAACCUGCUAGUAAAAUCCUCAGGCAAACUCACCCUGCUUCAGAAGAUGCUCAAGAAGCUUAAAGACGAAGGCCACAGGGUUCUCAUCUUCUCUCAGAUGACAAAGAUGCUGGACCUGCUAGAGGACUUCCUGGAGUACGAGGGGUAUAAAUACGAGCGUAUUGAUGGGGGCAUCACUGGUGGGCUGCGACAGGAGGCUAUCGAUCGCUUUAAUGCUCCUGGGGCUCAGCAGUUCUGUUUUCUGCUGUCUACACGUGCUGGAGGAUUGGGGAUCAAUCUAGCAACCGCAGACACAGUAAUCAUAUAUGACUCUGAUUGGAAUCCACACAAUGAUAUUCAGGCAUUCAGCAGGGCGCAUCGUAUCGGCCAAAAUAAAAAGGUGAUGAUCUAUCGUUUUGUGACGCGUGCAUCAGUAGAGGAGCGUAUCACUCAGGUGGCCAAGCGAAAGAUGAUGUUGACCCACCUGGUAGUGCGUCCCGGCUUGGGCUCUAAGACAGGUUCCAUGUCGAAACAGGAACUAGACGACAUCCUCAAGUUUGGGACGGAGGAACUUUUCAAAGAUGAUGUGGAAGCUGCCAGAACCAUGGGUGAAUGUAAGGACGGAGAUGAGGGUAGUGUGAUCCAUUAUGAUGAUAACGCCAUCUCCAAACUUCUGGACCGCAGUCAGGAUGCCACUGAAGACACAGAGAUCCAGAACAUGAACGAGUAUUUGAGCUCCUUCAAGGUUGCUCAGUAUGUGGUGAGAGAGGAGGAUGGAGAGGAGGAGGUCCAGAGGGAGAUUAUUAAACAGGAAGAAAAUGUUGAUCCAGACUACUGGGAGAAGCUCUUGAGACACCAUUACGAGCAGCAGCAGGAGGAUCUGGCUCGGAACCUGGGCAAAGGGAAACGAAUCCGCAAACAGGUCAACUACAAUGACGCCUCCCAGGAGGACCAAGAAUGGCAGGAUGAUCUUUCAGACAAUCAGUCCGAGUACUCUGUUGGCUCCGAGGAUGAGGAUGAAGAUUUUGAGGAGCGUCCAGAAGGGGGGCGCAGACAUUCUCGCAGACAGCUGAAGAGCGAUCGGGACAAACCGCUGCCGCCACUACUGGCUAGAGUCAGCGGAAACAUAGAGGUGCUGGGAUUUAACGCCCGCCAGCGAAAGGCCUUCCUGAAUGCGAUUAUGCGCUGGGGAAUGCCGCCACAAGAUGCCUUCAACUCUCAUUGGCUGGUCCGCGACCUGAGAGGAAAAAGCGAGAAGGAGUUCAGGGCUUAUGUGUCUCUGUUCAUGAGGCACCUGUGUGAGCCGGGGGCAGAUGGAGCCGAGACAUUUGCUGAUGGCGUCCCGAGGGAAGGGCUAUCCCGCCAACACGUUCUCACCCGGAUCGGUGUUAUGUCUCUGGUUCGCAAGAAGGUUCAGGAGUUUGAGCAUGUGAAUGGAAAGUUCAGCAUGCCAGAUUUGAUUCCCGCAGGCUUAGAGCUUAAAAAAUUAACUGAAAGUGUCUCAUCGGACCCAAACACUCCAGUCCCAGCCAGUCCUGUUCCGACUCAACCCAGCACUCCUGUGCCGUCAGAUAAGACUGAGUCGGUAUCUGGUUCUCAAGAAGACAAGGAGAUUACUGAACCAGAGAGCAGCGCCAAAUCGUCAGAGACUGAGCAGCCAGUUAUUCCAGAGCCCUUCUCUGCAGUAGAGAAGACCAAUGAGAGUGAAGAGCCAAAGACUGUCAGUGCAGAAGAGAAGCAAAUGAAAGAAAGUAAGAAGAAUGACAUGCCACCCAUCCAAUCAGAGCCAUCGUCUAAUCAAGCACAGGCACCCACUAAACCUAGUGAGCAGUCAGCCAAUCAGACUCCCUCUGACUCUGUUGAAGUGAAAGAAUCUUCUCCUGAGAGAGGGGAAAAUAAAUCCAGCCCUGUUAAAACAGAUGACAAGGAGCAAAAACCAGUCAUUCCUGAUGAUUUAAAAUCCGAAGAACCCUCUGAGAGCCAAUUGAAUGGAGAGAAAGACGUGAGGGACGACACGUUAGACGAGAGCCACAAAGAUGACAAGACCAGCAUCAAGACGCGCUUCAUGUUCAACAUCGCAGAUGGAGGAUUCACAGAGUUACACACACUCUGGCAGAAUGAAGAGCGUGCAGCUGUGUCAUCUGGCAAAAUGUACGACAUCUGGCACCGUCGCCAUGACUACUGGCUGCUGGCUGGCAUCGUAACACAUGGCUAUGCCCGCUGGCAGGACAUUCAGAAUGACCCACGCUAUGCCAUCCUCAAUGAGCCUUUUAAGACAGAAAUGCACAAAGGGAACUACUUAGAAAUGAAGAACAAAUUUCUUGCCAGGCGAUUCAAGCUCUUGGAACAGGCUUUGGUAAUUGAGGAGCAGCUACGACGUGCAGCAUACCUGAACAUGUCUCAGGAUCCCAGUCACCCUGCUAUGGCCCUCAACACACGGUUUGCUGAGGUGGAAUGCCUGGCUGAAUCCCAUCAGCACCUCUCCAAAGAGUCACUGGCUGGAAACAAACCAGCCAAUGCUGUGCUGCACAAAGUGCUGAACCAGCUGGAGGAGCUUUUAAGUGACAUGAAGGCCGACGUGACACGGUUGCCCUCCAUGCUUUCGCGGGUCCCACCCGUGUCUGCCCGGCUGCAGAUGUCAGAGCGGGGGAUUCUCAGUAGGCUCACCAGCCGGGGCAACGAGCCGCCACCUCAGCAGCCUUUCCCUCAGGGAUCAUUUGGCUGUUCUCAGAUGUAUAAUAGCAGUUUUGCCGGAGGUUUCCGUGGGCCUGGAGGCACCGCAAUGGUGAACUACAGCCAAAUGCCCCUGGGGCCAUAUGUUAGUGUGUCUUCAAAUGGACCCCCGCCCCCAACCAGCCACCUGGAGAAAAAGUCCAUUGACACUCUGAGAGAUGUGCCCACCCCUGAUCUGAAAUCAGGCAAACCCAGUGAUGUCAUAUGCAUCGAGGACUAGCCCCCACCAUUCUGUUCUCUCUCUGUAAGAUACCUACGGACAGAACCAUGGAGACCUCCUCCAAAAAGUGAAUAUUAAACAGCAGAUCGAAUCAAUUGCACUUUUGUCUUUAAGAAUAUGUUCAUCUGUUCUUGUAUGCGCCUGUAAGUUUUAUUCAGUACAGUAACAUACUUUUUUGUCGUUCUUUUUUAACUUCUCCAAUGCAAAACUCUUGAUCGAGUAAGGAGAGACUGUGGACACUUGUGAAGAGGGCACUGUUAUUCUGACAGUCCUCUGAGCUUUAGUUUUGUUUUUUUACGUAAUGAGGACGUUUUCAUCUCUGCUGUUGUUGAGCCAUCCGGAGGUUCUACUAGUCCCUAGCCUCUGCUUUGCUCCUGGAGGUGCUACUAGUUCCUAGCCUAUGCUUUGUUCCUGGCUCUGCUCAUGGAUGGCAUGCUUUUGCUACCCCUGCAGGUUAUUGCUGUAAAUGUGCAUCUAAAUGCAGAUUAGUUCAAUAACUGUCAUUGACUCAACUUCAGUAAGAAGAUUAUAUGAAGAGUACCUCAAAUGCCAGCCCUCAAUGUUUGCUUUUUCAAUUGUAUUGGAUUGUUUUUCCAGUUUGCAUGACUCUUUAUAGAGAAAAGGUUACAGUGUUUACAAUUAUAAACGUUAAAGGAUAGAGCGGUAAUCAAAUAAUGGCAAAUGGAACACUGUUUUCAUGCCUUUGAGCUGAUAAUGUACACCGAAAAUUUGGAAAAAAAUUCCCAAUUGUGUUGUUUGCUGUGAAACAUUGGGGCUUACACACAACUUUAAAGGAAUAUUCUGUCUUAAACUGAAUGUAAGCGCUACUGACAUCCUCUGUGGCAAGAAAAAUAAUCAAAAGGACAAUUUAGACCAUUUUUACGAAAUAAAGUGUAUUGUUUUUUAACUGUAGGUGCCUCAACAAAAAUACAACCUUCACAGUUUUGCUUUAAUACGAUUUCCCCAUGAGCUUCGAUUGUAAGUGCAUUACUGCACACUAUUCAAAAUUAAAUUCUGACAUGACCAGAAUAUUCAUCCCACAAAGGACAAAGGAAUGGUUUUAAUUCCUUUGUGCAGUGUUCAUGCCACCAUUACCGAACUCAGUAAGCUCACAUGCAGAUAUUUUUGAUUUGUGAACUUGUUAUUUUAUUUAAUGAUAUUCUUCUAUCGUCAGACACAUUCUGCCCGACAUUUUGUGAAUUGCUAAAAACUUUCUAAGCCAAGCUCAUGGACGGUAUUGACAUGAUUGUUCUUGUGCCAUCAGUGAUGUGAACAUGGAUUGUUUUGAUUUAACUUUGAAAUUAAAAGCCUUGUGUAUCUGUGUUUUUAAGCAGCGCACUUUACAUGGAGACAGGACAUGACCGGGGAGACGGCAUUUCCAAUGGGCCAUUUCAAACGCAGUAAAAACCUCUCUCAAUAACUUGUAUACUCAGUUCGUUUCAGUCUGUGGUAUUAGCCAAGUUUAUUACUCUAAUGUAUAUGAAGUAUUUCUGUUCGUUUUUAGCAUCUCAGCACUGGCGUAAAUGGCACAGAGGUGUCAUCGCUGACCGUAAACUUGAUUAUACUGUAGCUUCUUUCGCAGAGUAGUUUUAACAAGCGUUUUAAGAUGAUGCUCAUUUUUGUGUAGACUACGAAUGUGGGUUAAAUGCAGUUAAAUGUUCACACGCACACUCACACACAUGAGAUAAACCUCAAAUGAUUUCAAAGAAAUACAAAGACAGCUUCAAGAGUAAAGGGACCUUAAACCUGAGGUUAUGAAGAGAGAGCCAGCAGCAUAAAAUGUGUUGUGAAAUGAAGUUUUAUUUUUAAUCCUGUGUGAUGAGUUUAUACCAUUUCAUUUGUACCUUUUACAUUUUAUCACAGUAUGGAUAUUGACGUUAAGCUCCAUUUAAAUGCAAUCAAACUGAAGCCAAUGAAUGAAUGUAUGAAGUAUUUAAUAAGCUUCAGUCUAAUAUUACAAGUUUUUUUUUCAUUCAAUUACACAUUAGGCUUCAAAAGCUUAAAAAAAAAAAGAUCCUGGUCUAAACACAAUUAGACCAGGAUCAACGAAAACACAGCAUGUAAGAUAUCUCCAGAUUACUUUGGACCAGAGGUGCUUCUCCUGGUUUUAAACAGUUAUGUAUAAGCAAAACAGUAAGCAGUAUUGCUAUUUUGCAGAGAUAAGAAUAUGGAAAAGAGAUAAGUGAUCUGUUGUCAUUUCACUUUGUACUUGUGUAUUUGUUUAAUGUGUUUUAUUAAAUUCUCUCCAAUAAGAUCUGCGCCUUUUUUAUUUUGAAUUCUCAAAUGUUUGCAGAAUCCUGUAGGCA